AUGACGGAGUACAAGCUUGUGGUGGUUGGAGAUGGAGGAGUGGGAAAGUCUGCUCUCACUAUCCAACUCAUUCAAAACCACUUCGUCGAGGAAUACGACCCAACUAUAGAGGACAGCUAUCGAAAGCAGGUAGUGAUCGACGGAGAGACCUGCCUCCUCGAUAUAUUGGAUACUGCUGGUCAAGAGGAGUACUCGGCGAUGCGCGAUCAGUAUAUGCGAACUGGAGAGGGAUUCCUUCUGGUCUUCGCCGUCAACGAGGCCAAAUCGUUCGAAAACGUAGCCAACUACAGAGAGCAAAUCAGGAGGGUGAAGGAUUCAGAUGAUGUUCCAAUGGUUCUGGUUGGAAACAAGUGCGAUUUGGCUUCUCGGUCAGUGGACUUCCGAACAGUCAGCGAAACAGCCAAGGGAUACGGAAUGCCAAAUGUGGAUACUUCAGCCAAAACUCGCAUGGGUGUCGAUGAGGCAUUCUACACACUCGUUCGAGAGAUACGCAAGCAUCGCGAGCGUCACGACAACAACAAACCACAAAAGAAAAAGAAGUGUCAAAUUAUGUGA